AUGUCCACUCCAUCGGCCGCCACCCAUGCCGAUCCUUCCAGCUGCAUCUGCACGGCUGCCAUCGUGUCUACUCGUUGUCGCUGGAUCACCCAUCCCUCUCCGGUGAUCGUCGCCGCACCGACCCCCUCCUUCAUGUCCCCUCCAUCGACCGCCACCCACACUGAUCUCCCCAAUCGUGCCUUGGCCAUCGCGCAUCGUCGGCAGUGGCCUCCCUCUCCAUCAUCGUCGUCGCCGUCGUCGGUGGGGGAGGAGAGAGAGUCACGUGUUUUUUCUUCGUUCGUUUCAAGCCUUCCACCCGAAGCCUCAUUUCCCCUGCCACCUCCACCUCCCACCAUCGUCGUCGCUCUAGAGGAGGAGGAGGCUAAGGCCGAGGAGCCAUCCACCCCUGCUCUGAUUGAGCGGGAGUCGAAAGAGCCUCCAAAGCCAGUAGAAGCAGAGGAGAAGCCCCUGAAGCCAGCAGAACCGAAGGAACCCCCAAAGACGGCGGUGGUCGAGGAGAAGGCUUGUCUGCCGCCACCAACGGAGGAGAAGGCCGUGGUGGUGGAUGAGGACGGGGCCAAGAUAGUGGAGAUGAUCGAGGAGACCGUGGUCCUCGUCGCUCCACCGGUCAUAGAGAAGGCGACUCCGACAGCACCGGUUGCAGAGCCGGAAAAUGAGGCCUCUAGUGAAGCGUCGACAAUCAUGGUGGCACCAAAGGAGGUGUUCAUCUGGGGUGGCAGGUCGGACGAUAUCAAGGUCCGAGAUGGAGAGUGCUGGCAGUAG